GACCCAGAAGCCACCCCUUCGAGCCUUACUCCGUCCCCGUGAGCGUGAUGACGUAGAUACGCAGCGGGUCGUUGCUAGGAGGCGGUGGGCCGGUGAUAUGGGACAGUGGGAGUUCGGCGGCCGGGGGUGAAGGAUGUGGCGGGACAGGCUGCUCAAGGUAUGCUUGUGCAGACAUCACUGGACGUUACUGCAGAGGACGAGGCACGUCCCACUGAUUCCCACCAUCGUUUUCAAGCAGCAAUUUAGCUCCCAGCCCAUGAGCAAUGUUUAUCGCCGAGGCCUGUAUAACAAGGUGCUUCUCGGGCUGGUACUCUCUGCGCCACUUGCCGCUGGCGCUGUGUGGUGUGUGUCUGACACACGUGACCGCAGAAGGAUGAGGAUUCUGGUCGAAGGUAUUGGUCGCUUCUACAGGUCUAUUCACAUUGGGAUAAGAAUUUCUGCAGAUUACUGGUGGACCAUUAAUGUUAAAUUACGUGGAAUAGAUGAGGAUGAUCCGGACUUCAUUGCAACCAUGUCUGCCUGUCACCAGCGAGCUGCAGACCUCAUUGUGGAUGGUGCCAUUAAGAAUGCUGGCCUGUACAUCAAGCUGGGCCAGGGGCUGUGCUCCUUCAAUCACCUGCUUCCUCCAGAGUACAUCAACUCCCUGCGGGUUCUCGAGGACAAGGCCAUCAACAGGAGGUACAAGGAGAUUGAUUCUUUGUUCCUUGAAGACUUUCAAACCACCCCAGACAAGAUGUUCAAACACUUCGAGCCGGAGCCGUUUGCAGCUGCCAGCCUUUCUCAAGUCCACAAGGCUGAACUGCAUGACGGGACAGCUGUGGCUGUUAAAAUUCAAUUUAUCGAUCUACGGGACCGGUUUGAUGGAGAUAUCUUGACUCUGGAGUUCCUCUUGACCAUAGUGCAGCUAAUGCAUCCAAAGUUUGCGUUCAGCUGGGUCCUACAGGACCUGAAGGGGACCUUGGCCCAGGAACUGGACUUUGAGAAUGAAGGCCGUAACGCGGAGCGCUGUGCACAAGAUCUCAGUCACUUCAAAUAUGUUGUUGUUCCCAAGGUGUACUGGGAGCAGACCAGCAAGCGGAUCUUGACUGCUGAUUACUGUGAAGGCUGCAAAAUCAACAGCGUCGAUGAAAUCAAGCAGCAGGGCUUGACUGUGAAAGAUGUUGCAGAAAAACUGGUGAGGACUUUUGCAGAGCAAAUAUUUUACACUGGCUUCAUCCACGCAGACCCCCACCCUGGCAACGUGUUGGUUAGAAAGGGCCCAGAUGGGAAGGCAGAACUGGUGCUUCUGGACCAUGGAUUGUAUGAAACCCUGAGUGCAGAAGAUCGGGUGAGCCUUUGCAAACUCUGGCGUUCCAUUGUCCUCCUCAAUGAUGCAGCGAUGAAGAAGUACUCCAAGGAGCUAGGAGUCAAAGACUACUUCCUGUUCUGCGAGAUCCUGAUGCAGCGGCCAAUCAACAUGAAGGAGACGGCCUUCCACCUGGCCAACAUCCUGACCCAUGAGGAGAGGGCAUACAUGCAGGACAUGGCCAACAACCACUUUGACAGGAUCAUCCAGGUGCUGAAGGAUCUCCCGCGGCCCAUGCUCUUGGUCUUCAGGAACAUCAACACCGUGCGCAGCAUCAACACCAUCCUGGGCUCGCCUGUCGAUCGAUAUGUCCUCAUGGCCAAAAGUGCGGUCCAAGGAGGGAGCCUGUUCUCCAGUGAGCACAACAGGGGAUUUUGGGCUGUCGGCCCACUCACGUGGAUGAAAAUGAAGUGGGCAAGGGUCCAGUUUGAGAUCAGUCUGAGGUCAGAAAGCCUCAUGAUGAAGGUUGCCUCGAUCAUCUUCCGCCUGUUCGUUUACUUCGGUCUGGUGACCCCUGAUGAGGACCUGUACAAUUACCUGGUGCAGUAGUGGGCUGGGCCCUCCCCGUCAUCCUCUGCCCUGGGAGGAUGCCCCAGACCUCACUGGUGAACUUGUUCCUUUCUUACUUCAUGAAGCAGAAGGGAGCCUGAAAUACAACACACCUCACAGCAGUGGGAACGAGGGCACUGAACCAUGCUGACGAUGAAGGAACAGUGGGCCAGAGUGCUAUGGAUCCCUACCUGGUUGCACCUCGUCUCCUGGGUAAACACUGAUUCAUCCACAUUACACCAGUGUUCCCCACCCCACCCCAGCCAAAUAGCCUUCCGUACCCAACUGGCUGAGCAUUUCCACUGCUUCUGAAUAGACCACAGAUAGGAUGUCCUGAAAUGCAAUGAAUAAGGAGCUCCUGUUAAGGAUCAGACUUUUGCCUGAUGGUAUCAAAGCUCACUGAGCCCCUCAUUUUCCCCCUCCCAAAGACAGGCCAACUGCCCCAGUGAAUCUCAUCCCCCUCAAGUAUUAACUCUCAUCAUGUACUUAACUGUAUUUUGAGUAACAAUGUUUUUAUUGCCAAUAUUUUGUUAAGCAAAGAUGUUUUCCUGAACCUCA